CGCCGUAGUGAACGCCUUGUAUGCGGCGUUCCGGACGGUGCUUAACUGCAGGCCACACGCGAACCGAGCGCCGACAGCCCCGUUAGUUUUAUCCGCCCCGCUAUCACUCCGUACCGGCUGUUCGCGUGCGUGGAGACCGGAGCCAUGACCCGCCGCUGCCUGUGGUCGCUGUGCCUGCUGCUGGCGCUGCUGCUGCCGCCCGGAGUUCUGUCUCAGGGCUUUGACCUGGCCGACGCUCUGGAUGAGGUUAAUCCAACGACCCCUACCCCAAAGCCAGCAGCACCAGGUGGAGGAAAAGGCGGAGGAUUUAAUCUGGAGGACUCCCUUGACCUCACCACCAAAGCCCCGUCCAAGGUCACACCAAAAGCCCCCGUGACUACCCCAGUGAAGCCUAAACCCAAACCAGCUGCGGAUGACUUUGACCUGAGUGAUGCCCUGGACUCCAACAAUGACAUUGGUAUCAAGGAUAAGAACAAGGGGCAGGGAGGUGGAUUUUCUGACAACGAUUUGUUUGAUGUCAGCAAAGACGAAACCUACCAUCCUGACAAAGGCAAAGGGGGACGUCCCAGUGGUAGCAAAGAUCAGUUGGACCAGUACGACGAAAACUCUGAUACCACUGCAGAAGUGGGCACCAUUGCGGGGAUCGCUAGUGCGGUUGCUAUGGCGCUGGUGGGCGCUGUCAGCAGCUACAUUUCCUACCAGAAGAAGAAGCUGUGCUUUGGUCUCCAGCAGAGCCUGAAUGCUGACAUGGUGAAGACUGAGAACCCCGAAGCCGUGGUUGCUACAGAACCACAAGUCCAACAGACUCUCCUGGAGCCCCCCAAUGCUGAACCCCGUACUGAGGAGAAUGCUGUGUAACACACUCACAUGCGUCUCACACACACACACACACACACACACACACACACACACACACACACACACACACACACACACACACACACACACACACACACACACACACACACACACACACACACACACACACACGCGCGCGCGCUACAGGAUGUUGAGUAGCAUGUCCUGAUUGAUACUAGAGCUCCGUUCUGUACACUUUGGGAUUUUAAGUCCAUUUGAAUGAAUGUGAAGUUAUAAACAUGGCUCACAGUGUAUCCAACCUUGCCAAAUGUACGUGUAAAUAGUUACUUAUUGUUUUCUGUUCAAAGCACCACUGCAAAUAUUGGUUUGCAGUAAUCCAUUCUUCAGCUUGUGUUCAGAUGACUUUGAACUCCAGUGAAGUUGGAAUACUGGAAAAGAAGAUACAAAAAGUUGUUGGUCUAAAGCUUCUCCGGGUGUGUGUCGAGCGUCUCUGGCUUCACAGGGAGUCAGUUACUUUAUUGAUUGAUUUGAUUGAAUUUAGAAUGAUCUGUGAUUCGCAGCGUGAUUGAAGCUGAAUGUCAUGUGAACCAGGGGGCGUUGGGAGACACGCCCAGUCUUCUUUCCUUUUUUUUAAUGAAUGAAAGUUCAGCAAUAUUUAAUUUUCUUACUUGGAAUGGAAAUCAGCCGUUUCUCCCUUAUUUUACAAAUAACUGAUUACUUGUCGUAGGUCAUCGAUGUUACUUUUAUUGACGGAAGUUAGAGCUAAGCAAGCUAAUCAUGUAUUUAUGAAAUGUGGUGAUAAAAUGUGUCAGAACCACAGUUAGUGUUACUAGAAAUAAGACACACUCAAUUAAGGGGAACGCUUGUACGCAUAGAACUCAGGUUACAUACCAUAACUAAACAUCUAGUCUGUUCGCCUGUUCCCAUAAGUAACGUAAAUUGCGGACAUUUGUCCUGUGAUUCAGAUCCAUACUUUCGUAGCCAAGGAUAAAUCCUUCCACCAAAUGUAAUGAAAAUCCGCCCAGUAGUUUUUCUGUGGUCCCCCUGACAAACUUUUUUAGAGGUAAUCAUUAUUCUUUUUUUAUUAUUAUAAGUUUCAGUGUAUAAUCAUGGUGAGUUUGAAAUCUGUGAUAAUGAUGAUAAUGCUAUAAAUAAUUAUUUGAGUUUUUUUAUUUUUUGACCCACUUGGACCAUGUAUGCUGCCCUUAAAUGGGCUCCGUUGGUUCCAUUGGUGUACAUCCUGCUGGUAGCUAUUGGUCACAUCAAAGGACAGUUAUGUCAUUAAUUGGUACAUGUUGCUUCAUGCACACCCUUUGUCUAUGUUGUACAAAGUUGCCUUAUUCAGAAAUUGAUCUUUUUGCAGCGGGAAAAGAAUAAGGCAUCCAAACUUUUCUGUCUACUUACAACCUGUGACUUUUUAUAGUGUAAAUAUUUAAUUUAAAUGAUGAUGCUUAUGAAGGGAGCAUGGCUUGGUUUUUGAAAGGGAGGAUGUUGAGAUAGUUUGCAUCGAGAGUAGCCCAAAGUCAAGAAAUUAAUAAAUAAUUUAAAUUGAAAAGAAUUUUAACAACUCACCAAACUGGUAGCAUGUAGCAUAACAACAAUGCUAACUAAACCAGUUCCACUGCAGUUGGUGUUCAAAAAGGCACAUCGUGCACCUCUCUGCAGGCAUGAAAAUCCCUCACCUUUCGGCGAAAUUUGCCGUUUUGAAACCAAAAGGUGACAAAUAGGUGACCUACGUGAAUCGUGUAGAUUCGAUGAGGUUUUUUUGGGGGGGGGGUGGUAAAAUGAUUAGCUAACGCUACCGCUACCCUCUGUCUGUUUGUUUGAACGAGAUGUUUUUAGGCGGCAAACUUUUUGAAAGAGAGAAAACUUCAACACUACUCCGGAAAAAGCAGGCUGUGGUGAAGCAGAUAAAUGUGUGAAAUGUGACUUUGCUACGUUCAGAAUAUUGUGUGUACUGUGUUUUAUUGUGUUAGCACUGAAGUGUCAAUGUUUGCAGAAGAGGUGUGAAAUGUGUCUUCCCACAGUGGCCAUUUUAGAUCAACAUCAGUGUGAUAAGGGAAAAUAACGGUAUGCUAAGAUGUAUGAAAGUAGCACUACGCAAAAUACAAAACAGAUUUUUGAUAUUGUAGCCGGGCCAUUAAUUGCGUACAACAAUUUAAAGCAAUCCUUGUGAGGUUCCCUGUUAACAUUCAUGAUAAAUGCAUUCCCUUCCAUGUAAAAAAUAAGAUAGCUAAGUCACACAUAGCUGCCUUUCUUCUGACUACCAAACGUCGUUUAAUAAGAGCAUAAUCUGCAUGUAAAAUACAUUAUCACUAUGGGGUCACGCUCCAGUAAGAAACUGUGUAUCUCUUAAUACAUUAACUCAUAAAUAAUGCAAUAAUUGGUAAGAAUGAUUAUCGCUGAACCAUUUAAACUAAAGCGUAUUGGAGCAUUUGCAUCGGCGCAUUGACUUUGACGCGUUUUUGAGGACAAAGUGGCCACAAUGGAACAAUAUUUUUAACAGUGAAAAAUUGAGUUAAUUGUUAAAGAUGAUGUCUGAAGGAGAUUUUGAACCAGUUACUAGAAAAAGAUACAAAUCUAGUGUUCUUUAGCCAUGUAGAUGAAGUUAGCACCAGUAGUUAGCUUUAGGAGCUUGAAUAGUGUCGUGACGAGUGCUUUUGGAAGGUUGUGAUGGUUCAACAUAUUACUGUGAGCUUUUCUGUGUUUGUAUUAUUAGCAGCGUGUUUUACGUUGCAUAUUAUACCCUUUAGUGUGGGUUCACACUCUGCCUUGCUCUUUUUACUCUUUGUACCCAACUUUCCUAAUAACGUAGCUUAACUUUUUGUAGAUAGUUUUACUGCCUACUGCUUAUCUCAAAUCAUUCACCGUUUUUCUCUACGGUCUGAUAAUGCUUGCACAGCACUGCUCAGAACCUCUGCUGACAAUUACCGAGCCUUGUGUGAGCCAUGUGCUUAAAUUAUCCCACAAUGUGACACGUGCCUCACUUCCACCGCGUGGUUCGGCUCCAUCAGAACGCUCAGGCGCGUAGUGGAUGCACUGUCAGCGCAGUCCUGCGGUGGUAAAAAUUUAAAAAAAGUUGAGUAACUUUCAGAAAUUGCAGUUGCCAUUGAGGACAUUGAUGCAAAUUGUCCAGUGACGAUUCUCCCCAACCAAUGGGGGGUUUGCAUUGUCUCAACCCAUGCCUGUUUGUAUUGGCUAAGGUCACAUGGAACCUCGAACCGAGGUGGUACCAAAAGAAAGGUGGCAUGGACCGUCCCCAAACCAGAACAGAGCGGGCUGAGUCGAGUGUGGACUGCGCGGCACUGUGCAGUGGAAGUGUGCCAACGGUCAACAAUGGCGCGGUCACCUCCCCAGGGAUGGAGGAAGGAUCCACAUCUGGCUGGAACUAUCUUACUUUUCCAAGUGGGAUUCUUCUGAUAACUGUUUCCCAGUCACAAUUCUGUUUGGUCUUUACAAUCUCCACAUCUUUAAAAAACAUCAGACUAUUUCUACAGGUGUUGAUCAUAAAGAGGCUGGUGGAAGCCCCCGUGGCAUCAGCAGGGCUCUGAGUAGCGUCUGUCAUCUGAGCUGUGAGUAGCGUUGGCUGUGCCUGUGGUCGUGCAUGGAUGCCCUGUCAGCUGUAGUACAAAUAGUGCUCCUCUCUGCCUUACACCCUGUACGUCUCCCACAGUGCCUUUAUGCAUUGGGACUAAAUGAGAAUAAUGUUUUGGAAUAAACGUGAAGGAAAAGGAUUGAAUGGAAUGUCCUUAAGAUUGAAUGUGUUUGCUAUUCCGAUGAGCAUUUCAUGGAUUACAGUACGUCUUAUAAAUAACGUGUAAGGACUAGUAUACUGCACAAACACACUGCACCUAUGACUCCGUGAUUAUGUUUAUUAUUAUCACGUGGCUGUUGAUGAUGCUUUAAGAUUCAGUGUGGACAUUAUUGUCUCCAGACUGUAGCAGACACAAUGGGGUUGUGUAAACAGGGUUGGGAUAGCGUGGACUGGGGGAGUGGAAGAGGCGGUGCCAACAGAUAAUACAUGUUUCUACAAGGCACGCUAAAAAUUAGUUACAAACAAAAUACCACAGAGAAAAACUAAAUUCAUAUGAUAUUCGUGAAUGUAUAGUACAUUUUUUACAGUCAACCCAGCAUUUACUGUUUUUAACCGCUAUGUUUUUGUGACAUGCGAAGUGCCCCAACAUUUUUUGACAUUACUUCAGGGGAGUGAAAGAGAUGCUCUCACAUUAAUUUACCAGAUCAGUUGUUUUUUCAAUUAUUUGCCCCAUAGGAAAGACAUUUUUCAGAUUAUUCUCCUAGUUCUUGGCAUUAUAUUGUUAGCUUGCGUUGUAAAGCGUCUACUGUACCUGCGUGGUGCUACGGCACAGCUGUGUGUGAGGUCACGUGACACUGACCUCUCUGAUGCCCCCAAAUCCCACUCCCCCACUUACUCUGCUGGGCUACCUGUCACAUCACACACACACCUCCAGCAUACUGCGUUUGUACAAACACACACACACACUUAAAUGCAUGCUUUUCUCUACACACCCUUUACUUCUAGCUUACGAGUGUCGGACUAUUGUGUCUUCCUGAUCUCCGAAUGUUGGACAGUCUUCAUUGCGUGAAGUGUAAUACUGCUAAACUGGGCUUUCUCUAUUUCACUAAGACAAGUCUAUGGUGGUCCAAGUCAUUUGAAUGUGCUUGUUACUAAUAUGAACCAAUUCAAUAAAAUAAUUCAAAAGACAACAAA